AUGAUUUUAGAAUAAGCUUUAUGUGAUGAGAAUGAAUAUACGAGGUUGGAAAAAAUAAGAAUUGGGUGUAAGUAUAUAUCAUCACAAAUGCCAUUUAUGACAUCUUUUAAUGAUCCGCAAACUAUAAAAUAGCGUAAUAUUUUAAAGCCAUAUUAAGUUAUUUGCUGUUAUCCUUUUUCAAAGAAUAAUGUUGAACUACUAGUUUCAGCUCUUUUUGAUCGAUUUAGAGAUUUAGACUUUUUCAAUUCGUUUUACAAAGCAAUUGAUGAAAUUUCUUAGUUCCCUGAACAAAAAGUGCUUCUGAGUAAUGCAAGAAGUAUGAAAUAAUCAACAAGAAAAUCUAUCUUGAGAGGCCCAGGAACAUCGACAGCUCAAUAUUCGAAAUAAUUAAUAGAGAGUCUCAUUAAGGUAAAAUAAUUCGCAUCGCAAUAUCUAUUUUAAUUGUUUCAAUUAGGAUAGGAAUUGGAUAUUAAUUUAGAAGAAUAAGCGAAUAUAUUUUUGAAAUUCCUGAGGAACACAAGAGAGGAAAGCUUUAUCACUGAGUUAAUCGAUACCUUUCAGAAUAUCAAAUAGCACAUCUUCAGAAAUUCUUUGUGGUCAAUCUCCAUUGAAGAUCAAAUUGAAUAGUACUUCUAUACAAUCUAGCAUCCUCCAACAGCAACAAGAAUAGAAAUUCCACAAUACGAUACCGAUUCAGACACAGAUAGGUCUGAAAUCGACAUGAAUGAAGUGAUAGAAGAAUGGAUAUGUUCAGAUGAGCAAGGUUACAUCAAACAACAAAUUGAGUACUUCAGAAAUGAUGCCUAUUUUGAAUUCAUUAUGAAGUUGGUUUUCGACCCCCUUAAUUCCUAGCCAAUACCUCUAUGGUUCCAAUCUCUUAAAAAAGAUGAUGAUGAAAUUAAUGAUUACAGAAUGUGGAAAUCAGAUUCUUUGAAACUAGACCUCGUGUACAAUCUGAGGUCUAAAAAGGUCUUAAAGAUCAUCACCAAUGAUAAGAACUUCGCUAUUAUCAAUAAAUAAGUCCCUCAAUUAUUGAUGAAAAUAUGUAAAUCUCUAAUCUAAUUAGUUUACAUGAUAUAUGAAGCUCUUGGGGACAACGAGAAACCAGUCAAUCUACAACAUAUAGCUUAUUUGAUUGAUUACCUGUUCUUGCAAAGUCCUAAAUCUUGUCUCUAUUAUGUUGUGGAUUUGAACUUACUUUUCGCAUUUUCUUAGUACCUUUAUAAUCCUUACUUCUUGAAUAUUUGCGAAAAAAUGAUGAAUUUGAUUGAUGAUGAAUAUCAGUUAGGCAUGCAUGUCUAAGAGUACUUUUGGUUAUACAUCCAAUCCUCCUAGUUCUUUGAUUAUCUGACACUCAUAAUGACAAAUUAGCCAGUAGAUAAAUCUAAGUAAGAGAGAUCUUACAAAUCUGAUUAAGCGUAUCACGUAAUUCCCUUAUUGAAGGCUUAGACUAACUUUGAUAAGUUACCUAUAAUGCAAGAUUCGAAUUUAAGUGAGAAGAAAUACUUAACAGAAUUAUUAGGUUAAAUUACUCCAGGUAAGACUCCAAAUGAUUUUUAUGGAAUGACUAAGAAUAAUUGGCAUUUGUAUGACGACAUUCAAGAAUAUAUUUCAAGUCAAGAGUUCAAGUUUAAGGAUUUAGAUAAUCUGAAUGAAUUUGUAAAAUAGAGGAAUUAAAAUCAUUCUAAAUUUCAACACAAUUUUGAUGAUCAAAAAUUCAAAAGGCAAAGAACUAUAGUUUUAACUUAACACAACUCUGUUAGUCCACAAAAUAAGGGGUUGUGUGGUUAAAAGUUAAGUGCUGUGGAUAUAGACAAAUUUGAAGUCAAAUCUACACUCAAUAAAAACAGUAAAGCUUUGCCUCGAUUGAGUUCAGCUUCCAAACAGAAUAAAUGGGUAAAUGGUAAUCAAUAAAAAACCUAUCUCAGACAAGGAACUCAACAGAAGCAAUAAUUGCUUAUGAAUACCUCAAUCAGGUUAAGAACAUUUGGAUCUGAUAAAUCUGACUUCAGUUCUAAUGAUGGUUUCUCAAGUAGUCGUUUGAAAACUAUUUAUCCCAGUUAUAAGAUGCAACAAGAGACCAAAUUUGAGAAGGAUUUGCAAUAAAUACAUAAAAAUGAAUCGACAGCUUCUUCUUGUGCUUAGUUGAUCAAGGGACUGAUCCAAACAGCAUUUCACUAUUGUUGGAGAAAGAUUAAUACCUUAGGAUUGUGCAAACAAAUAUAUAAAUUAAAUACAGACUUGCUGUUUUGUUCAAUCAUUACAAAGAAUUCUUUGGAGAGAUUAUUCCAAAUUUAUUUAUCGUCUCUACAUAGCCCAAAUGAUGGAUUACUGUCCAGUGCAGAUGAAUGUGGGAUGAUUAUCAAUGAAAUAUAUUCCAACUAUCCUAGACUAAAAUAAUAGAAUUUGAUUGUGGAAAGCUUAAGAACCUGUUUUACAAAUGUUAUUGAUUUCUUGUGUAAGACAAUUGUAAAACUAAAUAAACAGUAACAAAAAAUGGGACAUUAGUAGUUAAAUUUCAAAUAAUUUAUUAUUACUGAUACAAUACUAUAUGGAUUGUAAAUGUUUGAGUAGAACAAGUCCUAAAUUUAAUAGAAGAAUCCCUACUUGUACUUGAAUGAGACUGUAUUGCAUAUCUUGGUCAUUUGGUAUUUCGAUUACAUUCAAUUGAAUAUCCAAUAGGAUCAAUUUAUCAAUUUAUUUAUCCUCAUAAUGACAAGAGCUCCUUAACAUAUAAUUAUGCAUCUAAUGUUUAAGUUGGGAUUCAUCACUUCCCUUUAUAAUUUUUAUUCGAAAUAUAGUAAGAAUGGAAUGAUAUGCACUUCAGGUGUAGAAUCAUUUUAUUUGCAUUUAACAUUCAUUAUUCAUAUUAUCAAUGAAACAAUAAACAAUAGAAAUCUGUCAGUUGUUUAAAUAAGUUUGAAUUAGUUGCAAUCAUGGCAGUCAUUACUACAAAUACUUCCCAAUCCCAAUAGCAAAGCAGUGUUAAUUUUGAAUUAGAGAAUGAAAUGUUCUUCUAUUUUUAUUCCUAUAAGAGUGGCAGUCAACUAAUUCCAUAGCAUGAGAUCUAUGGAUGGAGAAUCUGUGAUGAUUCCAUAGAAGAUGAUUCUGGAUCAGAUUAAAUAGAAAUUAAAUGUGCCUACCAAUCUUAUUGAUAAGAAGAAAGGAAAGAAGUUUCUGGAUUGUGUUAAGGAGAAGGUUGAACAACAAAAGAAGGAUCAUUAAGUAAAGGCCAAAUGA